GCACACGCGCGAUAUCGUCAUGUUAUAAACGCGUUUGACGGCCAAAGCUUCAGUCUACUAUUGAGUCUCCAAGGCUCUAGAUGUUCGUCUCGACUAUUUUAUGUUACUGUUUCACAUUUUUAUAAUUAUCAAAAUAAAAAACAUUAUUACUCCGUUAAUAUUAAAUAAAUACCAUAACAACGUAUGAAUAUUAGAACGAUUUUUUUCUUUAAGAAGAUAAAACUUGAUAAAUCAAGUAACGCAGGGCUAUAAAAUGAUUUGGAGGGGCUAAGAAUUUAUUGAAGAAAUGGAGUAGAAUGCGUGAUAAUAAUAAAAAAAAAAAAAACUCGAAUGAGGGAGAGGGUGAGAGAAAAUAAUAACUGAAGACAAAGACGCAUUGGAUGCUGUGGCCUGUGCUGGGGGAUGAUGGGCUGAGUCCCUCAUCACCUCAAGGGCUUCCGCCACCCUCUCAGACAGCCAGUAAACCAGCUUGUAAGCUUGGUCCUCUACUUCUAUGUGCCCCGUGCAAACCUGUCACACGCAAGAAUCCAAAUGCCACUCAUUGGUAUAUUCAGCAGCCCACGUGGCGUUUAUGGGGCGAAGAAAGGUGUGAUGGUGUCAUUUAUACUGUGUACCUGAAAAAAGUGAGAUAUCACAGGCCUACAAAGAGUCUUUCUGCGUCAGAUUCUGAUGAUGAAAUAUCACAUUUAGAAUGGGAAACAGUUCGAGUACGGUUCCUUAAAGCAGGAACAGUUCAAAAGUUGGUGGAAAGUUUAGCUAAUGAUGAUGGAGAAUUGGAGUCUACUUACAUAAAUGUUUUCCUAGCCACUUAUCGAGCAUUCACAACUCCUAGAGAAGUUUUAGAAUUACUACUAGCACGUUAUGAUGCUCUGGAAGAUGCAAGUCAUCAAUCUGGAGAGCAACACAGGAAGACUCUUGUCCAAGCACUUCAUGUGUGGCUUGAUGCUUACCCAAGUGACUGGAAGUCUCCACCAAGCCAUCCUUUACUCUCCAGACUACUGGACUUUACUCACAGAAAACUUCCUGGGUCGGAAUUGGAGCUCAAAGCUAAACAUCGGCUUCAGAGAUUUCACGACGAAGAUCACAUUGAUAAUUGUAUUGUUUAUGACAAUGGCCGAUUGUCAAAUCAACACUGUUCAGAUCUUCUCAAUGAUCGUUGGUCUAGUUAUAAUUUUCCUGAAGUUCCUCAUCGGCAUUUUGCUGAACAGCUGACAAGAAUGGACGCUGAAGUAUUUAAAAAACUCAUAGCACAUCAAUGUCUCGGUGCAGUUUGGUCUCGUAGAGACAGAUCUCGGAAUCACGAUGCUGCUACUGUUUUAGCGACUGUCAAUCAGUUUAAUGCUGUAUCUCUAAGGGUAAUGUCAACUAUCCUUGUUGAUACAACUUUGAAACCUCAAGAGAGAGCGAAAAUCCUUGAAACUUGGAUUGAUAUUGCUCAAGAAUUGAGAAUUUUAAAAAACUUUAGCAGUUUAAAAGCUAUUAUUUCAGGAUUGCAAAGUAAUCCUGUCUACAGGUUAGAAAAAUGUUGGCAAUAUAUGCCUCGAGAUAAACAUGAAGUUUUUAUGGAACUAGAAAGGAUAUUUUCUGAAGAUAACAAUGCCUGGACUCAGAGAGAAUUAUUGAUUAAAGAGGGUACUGCAAAAUUUGCAGACACUGCUGGCAGAAGUGACAGACAUCUUCAGAAAAUUUUUCAAAAACAAAAUACUCAUGCUGGGAAAAUCAGUUAUGGAACAAUUCCAUAUUUAGGAACAUUUUUAACGGAUUUAACCAUGAUCGACACCGCAAUACCUGACACCAUAGCAGAAGGCCUAAUUAAUUUCGACAAACGUCGCAAAGAAUUUGAAGUCUUAGCACGAAUUCGACUUCUUCAGGGAGCAGCUAAUGCUUAUAACUUCAGUACUGAUUCAAAAUUCGAUCGAUGGUUCCAUUCAAUUGUAGUCCUAGAUGAUCGUGAAGCUUACAAGCUGAGCUGUCAAAUUGAAGCACCUCCACCGGGAAAUACUUUAAAUCACAGAGCUAAAAAGAAGCAGAAUCAUCAAGGUCAUAAGAAAAACGAUUCUUUAGCAUCGACAUCAAGUUCUAGUUCAUCUCAGUUUUAUUGUGAUCUAGAUUCUCUUCCGAGUUCACCCCACAAUUCAUUGGAUCGAAGAACUUCACCUUCUGCAAUGUCUAGCUCGUCUUCCAGCUCAUCUCUACCAUCAUUAGACAUAUCGUUAAGUUCUGGUGGUGGUGGCAAUCAACGAUUAGGACCUCCAAUAGUAAAUUCAAAUGGAACUAGUACUCCAAAUUUAGUUGGACUAUCAAGUCCUAGUCAUUCUCAUAAAAGCUCACCGGAUUUUUACAUCAUCAAGGUGACAAUGGAGAGUGACAGUGUUGAGACUGAAGGUGUCAUCCUUUAUAAAUCAAUAAUGCUUUCUAAUAAUGAAAGAACUCCUCAGGUUAUAAGAAAUGCAAUGCUUAAGUUGGGAAUUGAAGGAAGUCCGGACCAAUUUACACUUGCCCAAGUACUUCCUGAUAGGGAAAUGGUUUUACCAAGUUCUGCUAAUGUUUAUUAUGCAGUCAAUACUGCGCAUAAUCUUAAUUUUAUCUUACGACCUCGAAGGGAUUUGAAUGAAAGUACUGACAGUUCUAAAAGUAAAUCAAAUGGUAAACGGUGAUGAAUUUUUCAUUGAAUUUCAUUUUCUAAUACAUGACAAUGAAAUAACCAAAUUUACACAAUUUUUAGUGUUUUUAAAAAAAGUACAAUUUUUGUGUAAAAUGUAAAAUAUAAUUUUUUUGUAAAUUAGAAUAGUUUUCUAUAUAUUGUUAUUAUUAAUUAAUGAUAUUACAUAUCCGAAAUGCAAUGUUUUGUAUAUUUAAAAAGCAAUUGACCAGUGAAUGUUAGAUUUCCUUUUUUGUAAAUAAUUAUUUUGAAUGAUUAUUAAUCAUCUUUCGCCUAAUUUUGCCUCUGUUAAGAGAGUAUUCUGAUGAGAAUAGAUUUUUAAAAAUACUUCAAGUGAAGUUAAUUUUUUAUCUUAAUCUUUUUGUUAUAUUAUUAUUGAUUUUUUAAAUAUAUUUAUUAGAUUUGAAGUUUUAAUUUUUCUGUUAAAAAAAAUUUACUCAACAAAAAGUAAAUUAUUUAAUAAACGGAAUAUUCUCUUAAUCAAUCGAGAUAUUGUAACGAAUUCUGUGAUAAUGGAAUCUCUAAAUAUUAUUUGGUCUCGUUGCAUUCUAAGCUAAUGAACUAAAAAGCACAAAAAAAAA